CUGCCGCCUCUCGGGCACGCACUUUCCGGCGCCGGCAGUUCCGCACUCGCCCUCUUCCUCAUCUAUCCCCUAGACACGCUCAAAACGCGACUCCAAACACACCCAACGCACAGAACCACCCACCAAACACUCCAGCACAUUCUCUCCACACAAGGCAUCCAAGGGCUCUACUCCGGUCUCUCUACGAAUUUGCUCAACCAAUUGCUCAACGGAUUCGUGUAUUUUUACGCCUACAGUGCCGUGCGCAAACUCGCGCUGAAAUCCUCAGCCCAAGCGGGAGGGUUAUCGACUGCAGUGGAGCUUAGUGUGGGUGCGGUGGCGGGGAUGAUCAACCAGGUGUUGACUUUGCCCUUGGGGGUGGUGGCGACGAGGCAGCAGGCUGGUAGUGCUGAGUGGUGGCAGGUAGUGAAGGACAUUAUUGAUGAGGAAGGCGUUUCGGGCUUAUGGGCGGGGUUUAAACCAGCGAUGCUUUUGUGCGCGAAUCCGGCGAUCACCUAUGGGGUGUUUGAGAAGACAAAGGAGGCGCUGGUGCGGCGGAGGCAGAGCGGCAGGGUGGGCGGGAUGUCCGCCAUGGAGGCGUUUUGGGUCGGGGCGCUGGCCAAAACCCUGGCGACCAUCCUCACAUACCCAUAUAUCAUGGCCAAAGUUAGAUUGCAGUGGCGGCCAAGCAAGGAGGAGAGGGAGGCGGGAGCCAGGCCGUAUCUAAGCGCCGGCGAUGUGCUCCGCCAGGUGCUGAGAAAGGAGGGCGUUUGGGGGUGGUUCCGUGGGAUGCAGACGCAGAUCAUCAAGGCGGUUAUCACACAGGCACUGAUGCUUAUGAUUAAAGAG